UACUGUUGUUUCACAAGCAUGUUCUACUGUGUGGUCUAGAUUCUUUAUUUCCAAGUAUUUCCAAACUGUGAUCAAUUCUCAUAAAAAUAGUAAAAAAAAAAAAACCAACAACAACCGGAUAGGGCCUUGUAGUUAAAAGGUGCAAUAAUGUAAUACUCUGAGUUUUCCAAGUUUGUUUUUACUGAACAAGAACAACAAAAAAGCUAGUUACAAAGUAGAAGAGUAAUACAGUAGUUAUGCCUGCAUCAUAUGACUGGUUCCAGCCUUCAGGUGCAUAGAUGUUACCGUUUCUGAAAACCAAGCUAUUUCUGCAGUGUGUGUUGGAAGGCCCCACCUGCUCCUCCCUUCUCAAACAAACAAACAAACAAAAAAAAAAACAACACGUAUGAUCUAGCAAAUUCAGCCAAAAACCCAAUAGUACAGUAUUGGGUAUUAAAUGUGCUGAAAGGACAGUGUUAACUGCCUUGCAGCAAAUGUCUUAUUUCCCAAAGACAGGGUUUGCUCUCAAUUUCAACAUCAUAAUACUAAGGUAUUUAAUUAGAGUAUAGCUUUAAUCUUGAUGAUUGUUGUUAAGUUAGAAACUUUGUCAUAUAUUUUUACUUGUAUCUCUUUAGUGUGAAAAGACGUUGAACUUAAUGGAGCAGAUGGAACAUCUUCAGGUACCUUCUCACAUUAAACGUCUACAGGAAGAUAUUUAUACAAUGACAACAUGGUCGAGCAGCGUAGUUAAAAAGAACGAAGAACUGCAGAAGAAUCUGACAACCCUUCUUCACGCAGUUGCAAGUGUUGAAGAGAAUGCAGCUUCUGUAGCCAAAAAUGUAACUUUGAAGAUUGUGACAGUAAAAACUGACAUAAGACGUAUUUCAGGCCUGGUCUCGGAGAUGGCCGCACUGACGGAGUCUUUGCAAGCAUUGGAAGAUAAGGUAGAAAAAGGUGAAAAGAAGACGAUAGAAAGCAUAAGUGAUCUGAUUACCAGUAGCAUCGACCGAAGUACAGAACUACAAAACUUGGCGUCCAGUAAUGCAAGAAAAAUUGAGCAAAUUAAGACAGCUUUGUCUGAGUUAAGGAGUGACUUUAACAAACAUUCAGAUAGACUUUUGAAUCUCGAAGGAGACAGAGCAAAAGUUCUGAAGACCGUUACUUUUGCAAAUGAUUUAAAACCCAAGAUGUACAAUCUUAAAAAGGAUUUUGCCACCUUGGAGCCAUUAAUAAGCGACCUAACACUGAGAAUAGGAAGAUUAGUUGAGGAUGUGUUACGACGGGAGAAAGAAAUUGCUUUACUGAAUGAGAAGCUGACCAAUCUAACAAGAGUUCAGACUGAGAUCAAAGGUAUGAAAGAAGAAAUAGCCAAGAUCUCGGGCAUUAAUUGAUCACUAGAAAAGACACUGCCUACGAAAUAGCAAUGUUUGAGGAGUGUUACUCCGUCAUGAAUAGUGCUAAGAAAGACAACACUUAAAGGCUUUGUUUAGAAGCACACUGGAACUUUGAAACUUCUUUCUUUUAAAAGAGAAGAAAAAAAAUACUGAUUUUGAGGGAAAACAAGCUAUAAUUUGAACAAAAAACUUGUUUCUGUGCAUAUUUAUGUCUUUCCGAAGGGUGACAGGUGCUAUAUUUAAUUAAAUGCUUGUUUUGUACAAUAAAACAGUAUUGAAGCAUAAAAUAUUGAUCUUCAGCUUUCCCUUUCCUGCUUCAAA